UGCAAGUGUCGUCCCAGUCAUGGCCGAAUCGGAUGACGACGACACGUUCUUCCUCAGCAAGAAUGGCCUGGUCCACGGCCCAACCUGAGUGCAGGUGAGGUAGCAAAUACGACAUUAUUAAUAGUAAUUAUAUAUGUAUGUAUUGUAUAUCUGAUCUCUCUCUCUCUCUCUCUGUGUUUCGCGGGAACACAGGAGCAGAACAGGAGGCGGCCCUCAAUCAUGGAUCUCUCUCUCAUCUCAUUUACAAUAUAAAAGGAGGAAAUCACAUGCCCAUGGUGCCAUUGUGGUGUCGUGACUGACUGGUGACGACGAUGGAGGAAGUCUCCAGAAGGAUCUUGACCUUUCACCUCUUUUCUUUUUCAUAAAAUUAAAAGACUAAAAACAAAAUGGGUGGCCUGGCGUGGCCCAGCCAUAUUUAGCCACGUAUACUUAUGUAGUGGGAGGGAGGGUGAACAAGUAAAUUUUUCACAGUGAACUCUGGAACACCAUAGAAGCAACCAAGCAAGCAAGCAGAGAGAGAGAGAGAGAGAGAGAGAGCAUAACCAUGGCCCAGACCCACACAGACAGACGAGACAAGACAAGAAAUUAACCCUUUAAUUAAUUCUCAAACGCUGAGCUCAACUCAAUCACUCAAUCACUCAUUUCUCAAUUCUAAAACUAUGGCCUCCUCCUCCUCAUACGAAAAAUACGACAUCAGAAAAAGAAACCCAAAUCCAAAAGUGGCAGCUCUUCUAGUCAUCGACAUGCAGAACUACUUCUCCUCCAUCGCCCAGCCCAUCCUCCAAAACCUCCUCACCACCAUCCGCCUCUGCCGACGCGCCUCCAUCCCCGUCAUCUUCACCCGCCACUCUCACAAGUCCCCCUCCGACUACGGCAUGCUCGACGAGUGGUGGCGCGGCGACCUCAUCUUCGACGGCACCCCCGAAUCCCACCUCAUGCCCGAGCUCAACCCCGACGCCCAGGACCACGUCGUCCACAAGAACACGUACAGCGCCUUCAGGAACACGCGCCUCCAGGAAUACUUGCAGGAGAGGGGCGUGGAGGAGCUCAUCGUCACCGGCGUCAUGACCAACUUGUGCUGCGAAACGACGGCGCGUGAAGCCUUCGUUAGAGGCUUCCGAGUGUUUUUCUCAACUGACGCGACUGGGACGUCAGAUCCGGAGCUGCACGAGGCCACCUUGAAGAACUUGGCUUACGGGUUUGCCUACUUGGUGGAUUGCAACAGGCUUGAGGGGGGACUUUUUCCCAAUCAACAGCUUACUUAACCACCUUCUCCAACCUAAAACGAAUGUUUAUGUUGAAGGAGAUCUCGCUCGCUCGUGAUGGAUUUGGUUGAAUUUUUAUUUUAUUUUUUAUUUUACGAUUAAUUUGAAUGGGUAGG